UCUGCGCAGGCGCGGUCCCGCCACCGGGCAGUUGGUGGUAAUUUCCGGUUCCGGCCUUUGACCGUCAGGAGGUUCAUGGAAACGGCAGCAGUAACGGUCACGGCUCGAAAUGAGUUGUACUAUAGAGAAGGUUCUGGCUGAUGCAAAAGCGCUGGUGGAACGGUUGAAAGAACAUGACAGUGCAGCAGAAGCUCUCAUUGAGCAGACCACUGCCCUCAACAAGCGAGUGGAGGCCAUGAAGCAGUACCAGGAAGAUAUUCAGGAACUAAAUGAAGUGGCUAGGCAUCGCCCUCGCUCCACCCUUGUGAUGGGAAUCCAACAAGAAAACAGACAAAUAAGAGACCUACAGCAGGAAAAUAAAGAAUUACGGACAUCACUAGAAGAACAUCAAUCCGCACUGGAGCUCAUCAUGAGUAAGUACAGGGAGCAGAUGUUCCGCCUGCUGAUGGCCAGCAAGAAGGAUGACCUUAUGAUGAUCACAAAAUUAAAGGAACAGCACUCCAAGGAACUCCAAGUCCAUGUGGAUAAGAUCAAUGAAAUGGCCACAGUGAUGCGAAAGGCAAUUGAGAUAGAUGAGCAACGUCUGUUUAAGGAACAAGAGCGAAUUGUUCAAUUAGAAUUUGAAAACAAAGGCUUAAGAGAGGUUCUUCAGAUAAACAAGGAAUCUUUUCUCUACCUGAAGGAAGAGCUAUCGGAAAGUACGUCAUUAUCUGGUUUAGUCACAAAUGCCAACCUCAGCAUGCGGAAAAGUUGAAAGACUUCUGGGAUCCUUGAGCUUCCACUAAUUAAUCUCUGUAUUAGCACAUGUUGAUGUUAUCUUCAAACUGACUGAGCCAGUGCAUCAAAUAGGUACAGAUAACUGUUAAUUUUUGCAGCUAUAUUAGGGGGUUUCAUGGCACACUUAAUUAAACUGAUUGGAAGAGCUUACUAUCUUUUAUUGCAUGAUUGGCUUUAAUUUUUAAAAAGUGUUCAUUUGUUGGUUUUUGUUGAAUGUGGCUGGCGUUUUGUGUUUAGUUUAGGGUCCGCCUCAUUCCUAUCUGCUUUUCUGGUGGUGAGUACAGUUCAGUCUCAACAUGCUAUACUACUGCCACCAGAACAGGCCUCAGGGAAAAUAAAGCAAUCACUAGUUUACCCUUUGCAAAUAUGAAACCCCUGUGUGUAUGUGUAUAUAGGAAAAAUAAAUUGUGUAAUUUUUAAUGCCGACAGAUUGGGGACAUGGUGUUGGGGAUUGAGGAACAGAUUGUGCCAUACACUUGAAUGUUUACUAUCACAAAGUUGAAAUUGGAGAAAUAUUUAUUCUUUAGAAUUUUAACUGACCAGGUCUAGUAAGUAUGCACCAGUACUGCUGUAGGGUGGAAGAACAGAGGACCGAAUUCCAGGGCAAACCUAUAGAUUGAGUUCUAUUUUUUACUGUAUUGAUUCAUAAUAUAAGAUCAGUAACUGGGAUUAGGUUAUUAAUCCUGUGAUUUCUGUACUAUAUGUCUGUGGAUGUGUAUAUUUUUGAUUUAAUAAAG